AUGCUCCCGCUCCUCCCGCCGGUGGCGUCACUCGUGCACACGGGCGGCGCGGGAGCCCCGCGGCCGCGCCGCGACCUCUACGAGGUGCUGGGCGUGCCGUCCACGGCGACGGCGGCGCAGAUCAAGACGGCGUACUACGAGCAGUCCUUCCGCUACCACCCCGACCGCAACGCGGGCAGCGCGGCCGCGGCCGCCCGCUUCGCCGCCGUCAGCGAGGCCUACCGCGUGCUGGGCAGCGCCGCGCUGCGCCGCAAGUACGACCGCGGGCUGCUGAGCGCCGAGGAGCUGCGCGCCGCGCCCCGGCCCUCGGGCCGCCCCGCCGCCGCCGCCCCGGCGCCGCCCCGCGCCGCCCCAGCCCGCCCGGGGCCCGGCCCCACGCCCUUCGACUUCGACGCCUUCUACCGCGCGCACUACGGCGAGCAGCUGCAGCGGGAGCAGCUGCUGCGGGCGCGGCGGGAGCAGCUGCGCCUCCGGCGGGAGGAGUUCGCGGCGCAGGGACGGCUGCGCGUCCUCUCCGACCUCUCCAUCGGGCUGCUCUUCUUCCUGGGGGUUGCACUCAUCUACGGCCUCAAGUGACGGCGGGGCAGCGCCCGGGGUGUGCCCCCAGCUGCGCGGUGCCACCAGGGCCUGGCAGCGGGCUGGGCACCAGAUCUGCUCUUGGGGCUGUGACAUUGCACCCUGCCAGCGUGACCUUCAGGCACAGCCUGGGCCAGGGUGCCCUUGCAGGGGCGGUGCAGGAGCUCUGCAGGCUCUCGCGGUGCCCCUCGGCCAACAGCACCUGCCCAGGCCUCGCAGGUGAGCACAGCUCUGGACUCUGGACUGGGACAUGUCUCCUCCUUGGCACAGCUGAGUGACCGUGCUGUGCCCUGCUGCCUGCCGAGGUGCUGUGUGUGCUCAGCUGUGCCUCUGGUGGCUGCUGCUGUCACGCUGCUGGUACCACCUCUGGGGAGCUCCUGGUGCCCCAGCUGCAGCACCCUGCUCAGCAUGGCAGGUACAGGAGUCUCAGGUCACACCUGACAGCUGAGCCCAUGGCCUGCCCAGCGUGUGGCACUGCCUGGAGCUGUGGCAGCACUUUGGUGUCUGCAGCCCUCUGUCCUGCCAGGAGCUUUACACCUCUGAGGUUUGGCUGUGCUGCACCUGGGAGCACCCCGUGCUGUUCUCUGUGUCUUACACGUGUCUGAGCAUCAUUUGCACAAGAGAUUUGCCUAUUUAAAUGCUGAAGUGUUUUAAGAACUAAAGAUUGUGUUUCUCAGAGCCUUUUCUCUCCUUGGCUGGAGGUUCACCUGUGCUGUGCUGCUGCUGCCUGGAGGCAGAGAAGCUUCCUGGCCGUGGCCUGAGUGUGCCAAGGACUGUGUGGGACACUGGGUUUGCUGUCAGUGGGGUGAGCAGCAGCCCAGCCUUGUUCCCUCACCCCCCAGACCCUGGGCUGUGUUCUGUGCCAGCACCAGAAUGUGACAGUGACUGCCCUGUGUUUGCACUGUGGGUUUCUGUGGUCCUGCUGGGAGCUGGGCAGUGGCACAGCAGGGACACUGCCUGCUGCCUGGGCAGGAUUGCUCCUGCCUGCUCCCACAGGCUUGUGCCACCCCCAGCUGCUCACUGGGGCUGCUGCAUGCUUGGACUGAGCUCAGCCCAGGGCAGGGAGCUCUCCAGGAUCCUCACUGUGUCCCUUCACUGGGGUCACAGCUCUGGGAUGUCACACACACAGGAGCCUGGUGUGCCCUGCUGCAGAGGGGGGCUGGAGCUGUGGCUCUGGCUCCUGCUGAUGCACUGUCAUGCUCAUCUUCAUUCUGUAAAGCAAAUCACAAGAUCAGAGGUAGUUUUUGGGCAGAAUUUGGCAGGAGGCAUUACUUUCCAGGCUGGAAAAGCCAGCAGUGCCCAUGGCCCUAGGGAGCUCUUCUCUGGCUCCCACACAAACAGGGUUUGGCAGUUCUGCUGCUGGCUCUUCCUCCUCAGAUCUCCAUGACGUACCUUGAAGAUUAAAGACAUCCAGCCAUAAAU